AUCGUCCUGGCCUUUGGCAACUACAUGAACAGCAGCAAGCGUGGCGCAGCUUAUGGCUUCCGGCUCCAGAGUCUGGAUGCGCUGCUGGAGAUGAAGUCGACUGACCGCAAGCAGACACUGCUGCACUACUUGGUGAAGGUCAUUGCUGAGAAGUACCCAGAGCUCACGGGCUUCCACAGCGACCUGCACUUUCUAGACAAGGCGGGCUCAGUGUCCCUGGACAGUGUCCUGGCGGAUGUGCGUUCCCUGCAGCGAGGCCUGGAGCUGACCCAGCGGGAGUUUGUGCGGCAGGACGACUGCGUGGUGCUCAAGGAGUUCCUUAGGGCCAACUCACCCAUCAUGGACAAGCUCCUGGCAGACAGCAAGACCGCUCAG